AUGAAGAAAUUCUCAGAUGGAAAGUACAAAUGUGGCUUCACUAUCCUGGCGUUUCCUUGCAAUCAAUUCCAUUACCAAGAACCGGGGGCCAAUGCUCGAGAAAUUAUGAAUGGUCUGAAGUACGUAAGACCUGGUGGUGGAUUUGAGCCGAAUUUUCCACUCUUCCAGAAAAUACAAGUCAACGGUGCUCAGGAAGAUCCCAUUUACACGUUCGUAAAGGUAACUUUUAAAUAUAUGAACGCUAUUCGGCAGGAUGACUGAGAUUUUAUCGGGAGAGAAGUGAAUUGCGCGUAUGGUUUUACUUGUUGUUACGUAAUCAAAUGAAAAUCAUAUGAAAUCAUACGUUUCAUAUGAAAAUGAACGAAGCAACUGAAACGUCAGAAGGCAAACGAAGUGAAUAUGGGUAAUAUGAAAAGCUAAUAUUUUGGCCUCGCGAACAGAUUCAGACGCGCCUAAUGUCAUUUUCGUCGGUGCCCUCAAUACAUAUAUACAGAGCUAAAAGCUUCGGGAGUGUUCAGUCAGUCAUAAAGUACUAUAACAUCUGAAUGUUUCGUCACGGUAGUCGGUUUUCCUUCGAAGUAACUUGUUUCCACGUUCUUUGUAUUAAAGCUUAUUAAACGAUCGGGCAAGGCGCGAGACGAGAAAAAAAAAAAAAAGAAAAAAGCAACAAAAAGAAAUUGUUCCGUCCUUCGCGUCGGUCUUUAAAAGGUCAAAAAGCGUACGCUUGUCUUUUAUACCGUAAAUUCGCCAUUAAGCCGCCCCUCUCAAAUGACCCCACUCCCUCUAAUAAGUCACUAAUAAGCCCCCCCCCUCUCUCCUCCCCUAAUUAUUCUUCACUAAUAAAUAUAGACUGUAUAAAUCAGUCACGACUGUAAAAAUUCGUGUGGACUGAUCCGGGAUGGUUUAUUUACCAAGUGAAGUUCGGAUUUGACUCUCAUCCUUGGCUGCAUGACCUAAAACGUCUUGUUCUUAAGCGCAUUUACUUUGUAUUCUAGUUCUUUGUGGAAAACUGAUACCACCAUCGUUUCUAAAUUAAAUAAGCCCCCCGUCUCUAUUAAGCCCCCGUCUCAAAUGGGCUUGAAAUAAAUAAGCCCCCCAGAGGCCUAAUAGAGGAUUUACGGUAUUGACCGUUCUUUGGACAAAACAGAUCCGCCCUCAUGCAUGACAAACCUUAUCAUAUUUCAGUGAAACCUCUAUAUAACGCCCAGGUAUAACCAGUGACCUUUGCGCCCGUAAGAGUAAAAUGAAGUCAAGAGCAGGAGCCGAUUACCUCCUGUGAAGGUCGAUGAAGUUGUUCAACCUCUUCGUCCCUAUCAAAGCUCUAUAUGUCGGCGCCCUUAGGCUUUUCCUUUUCGCGAAAGCCUAGGACUGAGACCCUUCCACCACAUUCUUGUCCCCAGCCAGAGCUGCGGUUCGUUUGGCCAGCAACAAGGGUUUAGAGCUCAGGCAAGUUCCAGGAUCACGCGCAAGCGCAAUAGCUUCAAUCUUGUAAUCGUUGGUAAGGUUAUUGUUUGAGAUUUCUGAGGCUCCGCUGCAAGACGGAAGUCCAAAUCCAUAUUCACAAAGCUCUCAAUCCGUGGCGCUGGCUAAAACGAUCGCAGCUCUGGGGACGAGGAUGCUUACACUUGCGUUCCAUUUACUUUCAGUCUCGCUGUCCCCUCCCUGGUGGAAUUGUUAGUCAAGCUGCUACCCAGAUCCUUUGGGCACCAAUCAAGAGUAAUGACAUCUCGUGGAACUUUGAGAAGAUCCUGGUGAAUCACAAGGGAAAUCCUGUAAAGCGAUAUUUACCCAAUACUGAACCGUUUGAUCUGAUCGACGACAUUAUCAGCCUCCUCCAGCAGUGUUAGAGAGUUCCGUUGCAAGAGUGGAAAGUCCAUUAGCAACUUUUUAUUCUACCUGUGCUAGGCUUGCUGUAUCCGUUUUCGUUCGUGUUUGUAAAGUAAGACGUCAAACGUGAAAACGUUGGAGGAUUGGGCUAGAAAUAGGCUCGAUUUCCGCCUUUCUCUCGGUCCUCCUCGCUAAGUCUGUUCGGGAGAGGAGCACGGGCUCAUUUCCCGAACAGCGGCUGGUAAUCAAGCUUAGGUGACAAACAGUUUGUCUUUGUCUUCCUUCUUUUUUGUCCCUCCGUCCAUCGUUUUCCUGUUUGACCCCUGUUCAGCUUUUGCUCGGCUGUAUCCCUUGCUUUUCGAAAUUCAUAAUACAUAAAAUUGCAUUGAGUCAGAGUGUAAGAUAUAUAAUUAUUUGCUUUAUUUUAAUUUGUUCAGGCUAUCCAAUUUUAUAUUUCCAGAAUAUUAACUGGACUUUCUAACGUCCUUUGUUUGGCCAAAUCCGAAUAUAAAUGUUUUAUAAUUAUUUCUAAUUUUGUUAAGUUGGGUAGGAAGCACUGCAUUUUUUCACUUCAAGGUUUCAACGACUCAAAAGCAUGACAGACUGUUUGCAAACUGUUCAUAACAGUGAAACGGUCUCGAAGAAUGUUUCUCUCUGCUCAGCUUUCGUGCAUUCAGCUGUAACGAGUAAAGAAGCCUUCAUUGAGUUUGUACCUCGAAAACAAUGCUACAAUAAAGUGUUACGUACCACAUAUUUCUUUGUCG